GUGGGGGGGUGGUGGUGUGGUCACGCCCAGGCUCGCUCCACCGCUCGACUGUGGCCGUGAGGCACAGAGUGUGGGGAUGCCGAGGAGCUGAGUGGACAGCCUCUUCUAUCUUGCCCGUGAGGACGGGAGGACAGCAGAGGGCUUCAUAAUCUUCGUCAUCAGCAGCAGCAGCAUCAUCAGCCCCGUCUGUACGCAAGGCGCUCCGAAGCCCUGGAGGGGACGAGGUGAUUCUUUGCAUGCUGCUCCGCUGGUUUGGAUAGAUGGAGUCCGUUCACUGACCGGUAGGUGUGCCGGCUGCGCCAUGCGGGGCUCGUCGCGCCACAAGCUGCUCGUGGCGUGUGGCCUGGCGGCCGCCUCGGCACUGCUCGUGCUCUACCUGGGCCAGCAAGCCCUCGAGUGCCAGGCCCGGGGGGGGCCCGGCGAGGCCCGGGGGCCCGAGGACCCCCGCUGGCUCGGCUGGGACGGGCCGGGGCUGCUGGGAUCGAGGGGCGAGGAGAACACGAGGAGCAGGCGGCAGGGCCUCGUGGUGUUCGACCCGGUGAGGAGGGAGUUCCGCUACAACGAGUCCAUCCCCAUCAUCUUCAUCGGGGGUUUCCCCCGCAGUGGCACCACGCUCAUGCGGGUCAUGCUGGACGCACACUCACAGGUGCGCUGCGGGGAGGAGACGCGGGUGGUGCCGCGCGUGCUGGGCAUGCACCAGAUGUGGAUGAAGUCGGAGAAGGAGCGCGUGCGCCUGGCCGAGGCCGGCGUGACGGACGCCGUGCUGGACGACGCGGUGCGGGCCUUCGUGCUCGAGAUCGUGGCCAAGCACGGCGAGCCGGCGCAGCGGCUCUGCAACAAGGACCCGUUCGCGCUCAAGUCGCUGUCGUACCUGGCGACGCUCUUCCCCGAGAGCCGCUUCCUUCUCAUGCUGCGCGACGGCCGCGCCUCGGUGCACUCCAUGAUCUCGCGCCGCGUCACCGUGUCGGGCUUCGACCUCUCCAGCUACCGCGACUGCCUCUCCAAGUGGAGCCGCGCCGUCGAGGGCAUGCACGCGCAGUGCCUGGCCGUGGGGCCCCGCCGCUGCAUGGCCGUGCGCUACGAGACGCUGGCGCUGCGGCCCGAGGCGACUAUGCGAGAGGCGCUGGCCUUCCUCGGCCUGCCCUGGGAGGCGGCCGUGCUGCACCACGAGGACAUGAUCGGCAAGGCGGGCGGCGUGUCGCUCUCCAAGGUGGAGCGCUCCACCGACCAAGUGGUGAAGCCGGUGAACCUGGAGGCGCUGGCGCGGUGGGUGGGACAAAUCCCGCAUGACGUCGUGCGCGACAUGGCCGAGGUCGCCCCCAUGCUCGACCGCCUCGGCUACGACCCCCGCGCCAACCCGCCCCGCUACGGCACGCCGGAGCGCAGGGUGGUGGACAACACGCGCAAGAUCAAACAGAGAAAUGCGACGGCCGUGCCCUGAAGGAGGACAGGCUCCACGGGAUCUUGCUCCAGUGCCCAAGGAGGGACUGAGAAGGGAAGGAGCUGCUGCCCGCUCCCCCCACCGCCCCGUGCCGUCCCAACCUCUCCGAAUGCCCUCGGUCGGGCACCUGCCCACGCCUCCCUGACGAAGCCAGCAGCCUCGACCAAUCUGUACGGACACUCGCUGCUGCCGCUGCUGCUGCUGCCCACUGCCAACACGAUCACUCGCCCACCGUGGGUAAAUGUGCUGACAGCAACCCACAUCAGAGACGGUACCAAACCAACUCGCAUUCGUUAUUAAUAAUGCAACGGUCUGCCGAGAGAGAGAGACGGAGAGUGAGAGAGUAUAUCCAGAACACCGUGAAAAUGUACGGAAUUUGCCUUUUUUGUUUUGUGUUUUCUUAUGCGCGUGGCAAGUCGCCCGCCCGUCAUUUGUGACUGUUCGAGCGGUGUCCCCUUGAAGCCUUCAUUCCUCCUUCUCACCCCAGGGGCACGGACUCGCUGUCCGUGCUCACCGGGCGCUGACCCGUGGGACAAAUGUGCGACAGGGGCCCCCCCCGCACCUCGCGAUUGAUAGAAUCGUCUAUAAAUAGAUUUAAACCUUUUCGGCCAAAGCGACGACGUCACACGCCAUGUGUCAGUGCGCGUGUGACGUCAUCUCACGACGGCACGUCAUACGCAGUGUGGCGUCCUCUCCUUGACCCCCAACCCCACGACCACCCCGAAUCCCACCCCCACACCUCCGAUUAGCACGGUUGGCUACGUACGGUGCAAAAGAAAGUCUAUAUAUACACACACAUACACCCCGACCCCCAACCCCGACCAGCUCCUGAUUCCACAUGUGUGGUGUUGGACACAGGGUCAGCGACGUCCGCUGUGAUUUAUGCAUAUUUACGUAGUGAGAGGUGCUUGGAGGAGAGUGGAUGUGGUUGUGAAUCGCUGCUUUUUGUCAGCCAACACCCCAAUGGCACUCGUAGGCAGUUGCCUUUAUUUUACCAGAAAAGAGCGCACCUGUCCUGGGGAGUUCAACCGAACAAGUGGAUUGCCUUGCCCCGACCAAAAUUCCAGGCUUCAUUUACAUUUAAACCCUUUUUAUACCUCCGACCGCAAGCCCAGAUUUAGCCCCAAGCGUAGCGUUAUAGCUUUAACCCUAUCCCUUUGUUAUAGAUGCCAAAUCCCAACUCGUGACAGCGGUGACAUAGCCGAGCGGUAUUGCAUUUCACUUGUUGCCGAGGCUCGCGGUUCGAAUUCCAGCGGCCGCCCUGGUUAUUACUGCGUGUGUAAUACUACGCGUCGUCGGCUUCGCUCGGUGAACGCUCAAGAUCCCCUGAUGUCAUUCGCAAGAGUCGACCAUUGUGUGCCACCGGUGUCAGGGUCCAAAUUUGCCAAAUUGGAAAAAAUAUAUUGGUAAAUUACUCAACCAUCGCCCCCUACUGACAGACUAAUGCCCCAGGUCACUCUUGAAAAUGACUCAUCGUGGUCUCUUGAGUUUCUCAACCGGUUAAACCAAAACAAUUGUGGUCGAGCAUUCUCAAUACCAUUUGAAAAUGAAAUGUGCCAAAAACGGACGAACAUGAUGAAAUCAGCUGGUGCGCAGGCACAAUGCUCGACUGACAUUGAUAUCGCAGGACAGUGAGAGAUGGCAGCGGCUGAUGGAGGCCUUCAUCCAGCGUUGGUUCGAUGAACAGAAUUGUAAGACCCUGCCAGCAAAGAUUUCGGAAUGGGCGUCAAUGCCUUUCACCAAAUGAACAUGCAACUAAAAUAAAACACGGCCCACGCACUUAUAUUUUUUACAACUAAAAUCACGGCGAGACACCGUUUAUGCUCCAUUGGCAGCUAAAGAUGCCCACGCAGAGGAGCUGCGAAUCUUAAGUGAAGAACUUUGUUUUCUCGUGGUCAGUUAAUCAAAAUGUGUAAAUGAUGAUAAAAAUCCCAUCAUAACAGGAUAUCAGUGCAGGGCCGGGAAACCACGAUGCACUUCUUCAGGAACUGCCGGUGGUUUUAGCAUACUGCACACAGUUGCUUUUUAACAUGUUUUUUUUCUUGCGGGUCGUUGAAUCGUCGUCAGAUCACGUGGGUGACAGAUGAAAAAUCCCAUUUGUGACAGAAAAAAAAUAUUCAGGCUAGAAAACCACAAUGCACUUCAGGAACUGCUGACGAUUUUUUAGCAUAAUUCACGAUGGUGCUUUUUACACGUUUUGUUUUGCGGGUCGGUAAAUCGCCGUAAGGUCGUGUGGGUGGCAUUCACAAGGCAAUACAGCCGUGGAUUUCUCCAGGCACUUGGGGUUCCACGCGUGCGCAAAAACACUGAACAAAAAUUACCGGACCAAAUACCGCAAAACUUGCGACCCUCCUGAAAAAGUCUCGAAAUUCACCUAACUAUUUUAUUCUUAUUUUUGUUGUUAUCUACCGCACACCACCUAUAGUACGAGGUGGACUUUAAAGAAGCCUAAAUAUACGUGUCGUUAACUCACCACCACCAACCGACAGCCAAAUAGUAUGGUUUGUCAAAGUAAACAAAACGUGGCAAUUAUUUUCUGCUUCAGCACACCGAUGUGUUAAAAGGUAAACCCACAACAUUUACAAUUUGAGUACGGUGACGUUUCGCUGGUGAUUACAUCCAUCUUCCUCACACACACAAAACCUUUUUCAUGAAUAAUAUUGGUCGCGAAAGCCUGGUACGCUGUAAUCCGCUCAUGUCUCCACACCACAAAAUGUCAAAUUUGUAAAAUACGGCGAUUUCCCGCGACACACACAUACGAACCUCUUUCAGAUGCCUCUUACCUGGUCAAAUAAGUUAAUGUGAUAAUUUGAGCGCUUAUUCGUACGUGUUUACAAAGAGUGAUGGGAUUUCAUUGAAUGAAAUCCAAUUUCACUUGGGUCACCCACCCACUCACGCACUCACCUCACUCACCCAUCCACCCACUCACGAGUAUUUAUUGACAAUGAAACUGCAAAACGUCACAUAGUCACUCACCCACUCACUUGUAAUGACAUGACACCUGCUGGCUGGGAACAUCCAAUCGGAGAGGGAUCUGGGGCAAAGGUAACAGGUGUGGUUGGCCAAGAUGCUCUGGGAACCUUCUCGAAGGUUCCACGAGAGGGCGUGGCCAGAGGCGGGGCCUAUAUAAGGGGGAGCGGACACGGGGCUCGGGGUUCGCGUGUGGACUCUUGGGCCCUGGCUGCGUCGCCGCUCACCGUCAUCCGUCGUCCGGGCACGUGGAAGAUCUCCUGCGGGGAUUCCAUCGCCAUCAUCGUCACGCCGCCAGCCAGCGGCGUAGCCGAGCGAGGGCGGUGGGACCACGCCGAGUGAUCGGCUGUGUGUAGCCAGUAGAGACGUUCAUAUCUAAAGGUUGCACUCAGAGUGAGACUGAUGGUGCUGGCCUGUGUUGUGCCCAGUGUGAGAAAUAAAAGUACCCUCUACAC